UUUUAAUUUUUUAUACUGUUUACAAGUUCUCUCUGUGUUUGUCUCUUCGUACUUGCUUCCAGUGUUACCAUCUUGAGCUUCCAUGGCACUGUCUUUGUCUACACAUCGGCACAACAUCUUUGAUCUUUCCACGAGCAAAACCAUAGCCAUUGGCCAUGGAAGAACCAAAUCAAGAAGAGUAGAUUCGAUGGUUGUUAAGUUGGCUGUGGCCUACGAAGAGGGACAGUUAAAAAGGCCCAAGUGGGCAGGAGAGACCCCUCUCUCUCGUCUUGUUGGAGCUCUCAUUUCCUUCAAGCCAUUAUCUGCACUGCUCAAGCUUGGUGCCAGACAAGUUCUUAUCAGCACAGCUGAGAAGAACAACAUUCCAUGGAGAGAAAUGAGGAGAGAGAUUCUGGAAUCAGAUGUGUAUAAGGAGAUAGAGAGCAUUCAAAACCCCUCAAUUAUAUACCCUGAUUGUGACCAUCUGAACUUAUGGCAUUCCAAAUUUAAUGCUUUUCUUGCUUGUAUAUGGUUUCUUGGUUGUAGACUUUUAAUACUUGAUGUACACAUUUUUUCUUCGAUUGUGAAUUUUUCAGAUUAUCUCAAUCCUUUCCAUGCAUAUGAUGAGGGAAAUCUUUCAUGGCUCGCUGCAGCAGAAGCAGAACCUGCAACCAUGUCAAUUGCGAGACGAGCAAUGCCUAAUGCUUCCUCACCAGAAGAAGCAAAUCAAGUAAUGCGUGGAAAUUGGCUUCAAGCAAUUCAACAACAUCAUCUACAGCAUUCUGGAAAUUCCAUGAUAAGUGACAUUCUAGAUAUUGGAUGCUCUGUAGGUGUCACCACAAGAUUUCUUGCUGACAACUUUCCUUUGGCAAAAGUCACUGGGCUUGAUCUGUCUCCUUACUUUCUUUCUGUAGCUCAAUUCAAGGAAAAGAAGAGAGCCCCAAGAAAGAAUCCGACUAACUGGAUACAUGCUAAUGGGGAGGACACAGGCCUGCCCUCCAAAUCAUAUGACCUCGUUUCUAUUGCAUAUGUGCUCCAUGAAUGCCCUGAAAGAGCAAUAGUUAAUAUAGUGAGGGAAGCAUUUCGGCUACUUCGACCUGGAGGCAUGCUAGCUUUGACAGAUCAGGCGCCUGAAUCGAAGAUCCUUCAGGUUAUGGAGAAAGAAGAGCAGGCGCCAAAUGAUCAAGUGGCAGAAGAAGCUGAAGCGAUUGAGCUUGUUCUCUUUCAAGUCUCUGAAUGCUACGUUUACUUGAUACCUCCAAGGAAAAGUGCUGCUUCUUACAGGGCUGAUGAAUGGAAUGUCAACAAAUGGGCAUGGGAGGGGACACUGAAAGUCAUUAGCAAAGGCGAAGAGUGCAUUAUCAUACUUGAAGACAAAACCACAGGUGAAUUGUAUGCCAGGGCAUUUUUAAGAAAUGGGGAACCACAUCCAGUGGAACCUGUAAUUGACAGCAGCAGAUAUUUUGUGCUGCGAAUAGAAGAAAAUAUUGGUGGCCGCCUUCGGCAUGCAUUUAUUGGCAUAGGAUUUCGAGAAAGAACAGAAGCCUAUGACUUUCAGGCGGCCCUGCACGAUCAUGUGAAAUAUCUGAACAAAAAGAAAACUGCAGAAGAAAUGGAACAACAUUUUCAGAAAACUUCCUCAGUUGAUUACAGUUUAAAGGAAGGGGAGACCCUUGUCCUCCAAAUUAAAAAUAAAGGUGGCUGUGGUGCGAAGUCAAAGAUUUUUGAGCAGGGUCUAAAUAAUCUGUCGAUAGAGGAGAAGGGUAACCGAAAAGAGCCCAUCCUCAGUAUCAGACCACCCCCACCACCCCCAGGACCACUUUCACCUGCUGCGUCUGUACAAAAUUCUCCAUCAAACCUGCCACCAAAAAUGUCACUUGAUGGAACUUCUAAAGACGAGUUUCCUAACCCCAGAAUGGAAGACCCAAAAGAGCAAAUUUCUUCCAUGAAUGAGAGCACACAGGAUAUCCAAGAUGAUGAUUUUGGAGACUUUCAAGCAGCUGAUUGACACAAUGAUUGACAUGAUUAUGUAAAAUAUCUGUUACAAAUUACAGACAUUGGAGUUGGCUUGGAUUAUGAAAUAUGCUACUAAGAGUGGUUUGCAUUUUUUUCAACCUCCAAAAAGCCUGCCUAUUAUAUUUGAGGAUUAGUAUUCAAAGUUUCCAUAUGAAGAUAACUGCUUUAGUGAUAAUGCAGAUUCUUUUGCUAAAGCUAAUUCAAUGUCUCUUUCUUCAUUAUGUGUUCAAGCCAUAAUUAUCUGAUCAAGAUGUUGUAUGGUUUGUAUUCAGUACUCAAUAAAUUGUUAGUUUUGGCCCCUUAA